GUUCCGGCCCGGAAUGCAGCCCGCCCACUUCCAGUUUACCCAAUCGUGUUUCAGAACGCCGGGUUGCCAGUUGGCGGGAAACAGCGUUUUUCAUUUCAGUCAUGAAAGCCGGCAAACGAAAGAGGCCUGAGCGGGAAAUACAACUGUCUGUAUGUUCUAAAAAGCCUCGACAUCAAUUGCGAUGCGUUUUUGAGAGAUGGAAACAGCUUAAAUCAGCUGUAUCAUCGUCAAGAAACGAAUGCUGAGUUGGCCCAUCUUCUCAUUGACGGCCGCAGUUGAUCAAUGCCCGUAAAAUCUUCAGAGAAUCUGCAUCGAAAUAUCUGCUUGUGGGAGGCUGUGGGAGUGAAUAGUGAUGACUGGAGAGAGAGUGUUUAUGUUUGUUGAUGAAGAGGAGCUCUUCAGCGCGAUGAAGGACCUCGACUGUCUCUACUGUAGGAUUCCAGUCACUGCAUCUAAACAUCACCUCAGAAAGAAACAUCUCAGAUUCGCUGUAUAUUAUAAAGACUCUGGCAUUGGGAAGUUUUCUAUCCCCUGUUAUUGCUCUGACGGAGGCCACGGCAGGAGCCACUGGCAUUGCCCAAUGUGCUCAAAAAUAUUGCACAGGACACAGAAUUACAGAAUCCAUAUUACCAACCAUGGUGUUGAGAUGACAGACAAGUCCUCAGUUGAGCUACGGCCUACAGCAGUCCUUUUAGAAAGCCUACGAACAGACCGCGAAGACGAGACCAAACCGGGCAACAAGGCAGCGUGCCAAAAGUGUGGGAUCCUCUUUACCACGACAUCGAAUUUGAGACGGCAUGAAAGACUGCAGCACGGCCACGACCAGCAGCCCAUUUUGUGCAUAGAUGCCAAAAAUGCAAUCUACGUCACGCCCAAAUACCUGCACGGGCCGAGAGUGCCCAUUCACAUCCGCAAAUCCUUCACCUCGCAGGUUCUGCUGUGUGAGCUGGAGGAGUGCUGGGAUUUCAUGAAAGCGCAGGCCCAGAGCGGGAAUCCCGGGAAGGAAUGCCGUCACCUGGUCAGGACGAAUCACGCAAGGCACUACGUUCCCCCUCCUCCUCUGUGCGUUAACUCUCUGGACGAGAUGGGCCACAAGCAGCUCCUGUCCGCAUCCGAGAAGCUCCAGUGCCGGGAGAUGAGCUCCAGGGCGUGCAUUCGGGGGGUGGAUUGUGUCUACCCUAUCUUUUGGGGUGAGCGCGAACUUUCGGAGAGGUGCGUCUUCUUUUCUGUGUACACCGACCUCGAGGACAAAUGGUGUCAGUUCGGGAGGACCCGCGUCUCGUUCGACACCGAGUCUGGCGGCUGGAGGUGUCUGUGCAAGCGCAAAAGAAGCCGCUGCGUCCACAAGUGUUUAUCCGCGUGGUGGUUGUUUCAGGAGCGUCCUGAACUCUUGCAGAAUGCCCCAGAUGUCCAUGCGGAAUCGGCCGAUGCGCUCGAGGAAGCGGUCAUGGAUGCAGAGGACGUGGUUUAAAUAACCACCUCCGCCAGACUCGACAUCCGUCAGAACUUUACUUUCAAUUUCUGUGUCUUCACUCAAUAAAAACACUGGACCUAACCUUUAUUUUAGGCUUGUAAUUUGUUUGCAAACACUCAUGUGCUGUCGUUUGCAGUUAACCAUAGUUAUGUAAUCAGAUUGCUUUUUUUAAAGUAACAGUGAAGAUGUAAUGAAUUUUUUUAACAUUUUAGUCUGUUCCCGUGUUGAGAGUUGUGUUGCCUUCCUUCAGCCCGAGGCUUAUUCAUUUCAUUUGGUGUGACAAGGCCAUAUAACACUUUUUGUGGGGAAAACCCAGCAUAGGUGACAAAUACUAAUGUGACGUAUUACAGUCUUACAAAUAAAGGUGCUAAAACUCUU